UCAGUCGCCACGAAACAACCAAGAAAAAAUGAGCGAGGCAAUAGUUUGUGUCAAAGACUUUGAAAAACAUGCUUUCAAUGUCUUGCCACGAAAUGCUCUCGAUUACUAUCGAAGUGGGGCUGGUGCCGAAGAGACUUUGGCUCAUAAUAGGAAAGCCUACUCCAAGUACAAAAUUAGGCCAAGAUGUUUAAGAAACGUUGCCAAAAGAGACCUUUCGACCACUGUGUUAGGCGAGAAAGUCCAAAUUCCGAUCGGGAUUUCCCCCACGGCUAUGCAAAGGAUGGCCCACCCAGAGGGCGAGUGUGCCAAUGCUCGAGCUGCUCAGGCCAUGGGUACCAUCUUCACUUUAAGCACCAUAGCAACUAGCAGCAUUGAAGAAGUGGCACAAGCGGCCCCCUACUGUACCAAAUGGUUCCAACUCUACAUCUACAAUGACCGAAACGUCACCCGCAGACUGGUCGAAAGGGCCGAAAAGGCCGGUUUCAAAGCCCUAGUCCUCACCGUCGACACCCCCAUGUUCGGGCUGCGUCUCGCCGACAUUCGUAAUAAAUUUGUCUUGCCCCCGCAUCUUAAAUUCGCCAAUUUUGCUGGCGACAAAGCCACCGGUAUUAACCAAACCGAGUCCGGUUCUGGUCUCAACAACUAUGUGAACCGACUUUUCGACCAAAGCUUGGAAUGGAAAGACAUCAAGUGGCUCCAGAGUUUCACUAAACUACCAAUUGUUGUGAAAGGAGUUUUGACGGCUGAAGAUGCUCUUAUUGCGGCAGAUUUGGGGGUACAGGGAAUACUGGUUUCGAAUCAUGGAGCCAGACAGGUUGAUGGGACACCAGCCUCGAUUGAGGCUCUCCCAGAGAUUGUGCGAGCGGUUGGAGACAGAGUCGAGGUUUAUAUGGAUGGGGGCAUCACUGACGGUACUAACGUCUUCAAAGCUUUAGCAUUGGGCGCAAGGAUGGUGUUCUUUGGAAGACCGGCCCUAUGGGGCCUGGCCCACAGUGGAGAAGAAGGGGUCAAGAAAAUCCUAAAUAUACUUAAAACCGAACUUGAUUAUGCCAUGGCUAUUACAGGGUGUGCUACUGUGAGGGAUAUUGACCACAGGAUGGUCGUACAUGAGAGUUAUUAUAACAAAUUAUAAAAAAUGUGAUUAUGUAAUUAAGUAUAGGCAACCAAAUAUACGUUUUCGGUGUCAAGGACA